CUGCGCGUGCGCGAGAGCUGGAAAAACCUCGCAUCAACUUGCACUGCGCCUGCGUGGUCGCUUUCUCACACAUGCCGUUUAUUGCUGGUGAGGACUAAGGUUCACCUGCGUGGUGUCUGCUCGGGAGCAGGAGUGACUUGCCAUUUUACAACUAGUGCUGGUGUUCCUGGUAAAGAUGGAUGAAUUGCAAGAUGUCCAGUUAACAGAAAUCAAACCCCUGCUGAAUGAUAAGAAUUCAGCUCGCAACUUGCAGGAUUUUGAUUGUCAGAAUUUGACGGAUGGUGCUUUAUGGACAGAAGAAGAGGGAAAGAUCUUCAGAUGCCAGUCUUCCUUUGGAGAGCAUGACAUUGAGACGGCAUGUGGAGUUGUUCAUGUCACUAUGAGGGGUACACCAAAAGGGAACAGGCCUAUCAUCCUCACAUACCACGAUAUUGGCCUCAACCAUAAAUCAUGCUUCAAUGCUUUUUUCAACUAUGAAGACAUGCAGGAGAUCACCCAACACUUUGCUGUGUGCCAUGUUGAUGCACCAGGACAACAAGAAGCGGCUCCCCCUUUCCCUUCUGGAUACCAAUACCCCACUAUCGAUGAACUAGCUGAAAUGCUCCCUGCAGUUCUUACACACCUGAGCCUGAAAAGCAUAAUUGGAAUUGGAAUUGGAGCUGGUGCUUACAUCCUUAGCAGGUUUGCAUUGAAUCAUCCUGACUUGGUGGAAGGCCUGGUUCUUAUUAAUAUUGACCCAUGUGCAAAAGGCUGGAUUGACUGGGCAGCAUCCAAGUUUUCUGGGUGGACAACCAACAUUGUGGACAUUGUCCUGGCUCAUCAUUUUGGUCAUGAUGAACUGCAAGCUAAUUUGGAGCUGAUCCAGACAUACAGACUUCAUAUUGGACAGGACAUCAAUCAGGAUAACCUUCAGCUCUUUGUGGCCUCCUAUAACGGCCGUAGGGAUCUGGACAUUGAGAGACCGGUCUUGGGUGUGAAUGAAGAUGUAGCAAAAACACUCAAAUGCCCCGUCUUAUUAGUGGUUGGGGACAGCUCACCUGCAGUUGAAGCUGUGGUUGAAUGCAAUUCUCGGCUGGAUCCAAUAAACACAACACUGUUGAAGAUGGCAGACUGUGGUGGACUGCCCCAGGUCGUUCAGCCUGGGAAACUGACUGAAGCCUUCAAGUAUUUUGUGCAAGGAAUGGGCUACAUUCCUUAUGUGCAGCUCAGCCAUUUGAGCAAUGAGUCAGUGCCAUCUGCUAGUAUGACCAGGCUGAUGCGCUCCCGGACCCACUCUUCUUCCAGUGUAGGUUCUGGAGAGAGCGCUCAAAUGCGAUCGCAGACCAACAAUCCAGGAGAGGCAACAAUUGGAAUACCUGAAGCAGCUGAUGUCCAUGAUACCCCUCAGACUAUGGAAGUAUCCUGCUAAGCAAACACUUCUCUUGUGUAUCUAGAAAACCCUUUUCCUCCCUUUCUGAACCUGCCCAGAAUCCAGUGUUUGCCCAGACGAGGGGCAUUAAGGUGUUUUUUUUCUAACUUGUGCCUGCCCAUCCUAGCUGACACCAUUUCAUCGGUCUCUCUUUGGUACUAGUUUUAUCUCUGUUUUUUAUUUGGCUGAAGAAACAUUGGCUGCAUACAGACGUACCUGAAAACAGAAUUGGGUGGGUUUGGGAUUUGUUGCAAAGCGAGCUCUGCUUUCCCCCUGCUUUUGUUCCUGUACUGACAUGUACAGUCUCUGGACCAAAAACUGACUUCUCUGCUCUUCCUCCUGUUCACCCCCACCCCCACUGCCCAGUAAAUGCUUCAAGUGGACUGUCCACUUUUGUAGUUUUCCUUAAGCACCUGCAUGCUUAUCUGCUUAAACAUGUGUUUGGUGUUUUCUGAAAGUUCUUCUCCAACCCCCCACCCACCUCCACCGGCAUGUCAUACUGAAAAUUGCAGGGGGGUUCACGAUUGAUGCAUGGGUAAGCCAGUCAGUGUUGUGCAUAGUCCUGGUCUGAAAACCAAGGGAAAUAGCUUACUGAUUGACCAAGGAUUGUCCAAUCAGUGCUGCACACAUCCAGCUUCUACUCAAACUGGAAAACUCAGUUCCCACUAAAGUCAAUCUUAGCAAGAAGAUGGCUUGUAGUACAUAUGUGGUGAGUGCACUUCCUUCCACAGCAAGCUCACCACUAAAAUUCUGUACAUCUGUAUGCAUCCAGAACUGGCUAACAUUCCAUUGGUGCUAGAGGAGAGAAUUACUGUAUAUGCAGGUGCCAUCCUUUUCACUUACUUCCUGUGCUGUCGACCAUUUGCGUGGUGCACCCCCCGCCCCCGUUCUUAUUUCAAUAACAAUUUCUGUGGCUUUUGCCCUUAGAAUUGCUUUCUAAUUGUGCUACUGCUGAAGGUGGUUGGGGCUCUUGGCUGCAAUCUUUAUUAUGUCUUUGGGGUGGGGCUAAAGGUGGAACUCCAUGUUUUAAAACUUCUGGGGUGGGUCUCAAAUCCUGUACUGUUGAGCUCAGCAUGGAUCCCAGCACACUGCAUAGUUAGGUGACUUGCAGAAGUGCUAGGUCUUACAUGGCUGAACUGAGGAAACCAAAAGGCCUUGCUUGCCUGUCAACCUGCAAAAGGAUCUCUCACUAGGGCUGCUGGACCAUAGAUGAAAGGAAAGGGCAAGGCUUCUAAGGAACCUAACCCUCUCUGAGGUCCACUCUUCAACAGAGUAUAAGGGAUUGACGCAUUCUUCAAUAGCUAGAGCUGCAUGUAAUGGUUUUAAAGAUGGGCUGGAUGACGUUUGGGAUGGCUUUUACCACCCUGCAUUUUCUGUUAUCUCGGUUGUUUCAUUGCGCAAACUACUGUAGCAUAUGCCAGACAGAAAAACAAAAUCUAAAAUGAAACUCAGGCCAAAGAUUGAGGAAAAUAUUUAUGGUUGUUUAAUAAUGAAGACAAGCUCUAUUUUAUCCAACUCUAAGGUAUCAGUCGAAACGUUAAAACUUUCCAGUUCAGGUCUAAAUAGUCAUACAGUGUUCGGUAACAAAACAAUGAUUUUGAUAUAGUAGAAGCAGGCUUAGUCUCUCCAUUUUGAAUGGUUAGAUAAUGAAAAUUCAGAAAUAUUUGUUCUCUACUUACUGAAGUAGCUGGGCACUGUCACAUUGUAAUGCUAAUUCUAUGAGAAAUCCAUGUAAUUCUGUGUAAUCUCUUUUCAUUUUCCUGAUUAAAAACUGGAAUUUACAGCUACUCUGUCCACAACUACAUUCCCCCCAGAAAAUUGCCAAGCCCUUUAAAGAAUUAUCCUGAUGCUCUAGAAAAACACUGAAAUUCAUGAGAAUAAUUCCUGAACAUUGAAUGAAAUUAUGAGACAUUUUGUUUGCAAUUUGUGGGAAAAACAACCAACUUGUGAUCUGGUCAGCUGAGACUUCAGAAUACACCUUUGGGAUGUAUUCAGAUGUAGCUUUGGGAUAUCUGGAAGACCAGUGGCCAGUUUUGUAGCCUUUCCCUAAACAGAUACAUUGCUGCAAAAACAUUUGAUAUGCGAUUUGUUCUGUUCUUGAAAAACAGAACAAAAGUCUCUUGGGCUCUAUAAUUAAUGGCUAAGGGAAUGCAUUGUUGUACUGUAUACUGUAAUAAUCUGCUCUGAGGCCUGUCUUUUAUAUUUUUCAUAGGCUGAUAUUGAGCUUGACUGACAAAUAUGGUUGUCCUGGUAGAAGUGGGGAAACUUCUACCUAGACCAUAUUAUUGUCUUGAAUUCAAAAGGAUGUUGCUCUUUUGCAUCUGGCUGGGUCACAGAUGAUGAGAAGAGUGUCAUCUGGCAGGGAGUAAAAGAGCUGAUGAUGGGAAAGGGAUAUGCAGCUGACCUGUUCAUGAACUCAUGGAAGGAUAUCUACUUUUCACUGUUGCACAAGCUCCUUGGAGGAAAUCUGGUUCUGCUCUGUUUCAAGCAGGAGAUGGGACUGGGAUAUUCUGCCUGAGGGGGAAUUUGUACCAAUUAAAUAAAGCUAUAAUCAAGUCUGA